AUGCAAUCUGACCUCGACUUUGAAAUGUUAACGGAGAGGCAAAGAGUAAAUUGCUCCAAAAACUGUGGAGACCCUAACCAAGUGCGAUCGAGGAUUUUCAAAAGGUGCUUUUCGAUGGGAGAAAUGUCUUCACGGGCAAAUGAAUCACAGAGAUUAGGAACUCCGAGGAAAGAAUUGCCUUAUUUUUGGGGAUAUGAAGGCGCCUGGUUACGAAAUAUAAAGAAGGAACAAUCCAUUAAGUCCGACGUCCUCUUUUCCUCCUAUCUGGCAAACAUGAAUAUGCCCAAUGGUUCCUCGAAUUCCGUUCAUAAAGUACUGGCCAAGCCAUCCCGGCCAUCGCUGUACGACUUGAAGGAUAAUACGGAUGAUACCUUACCUGAUAACAUGAAAGUCGAUGUUCUGCUCAAGAGAAUCGGUGCAGAAAGUUCGUGGCCCAAUCAUCAAAUGAAGUCGGAUAUGGAAGUUCUCUUUAAGAAUCGAAUUUACACAGUAAAGGAUCUUCGUACGUUGUCGAAAGAAAGUUGGAAGAAAAUCGACUUAUUACCGAUCGUCAAAGACCUGUUACGCGAAAACAUCAAUCACGGCCGUAAUAAUUUAGAUGAUGAUUCCGGGAAAAAAAGAACGGAGAAAUUGCGAGAGAAAAUGCUAUCUAAAGAAAUUUUUGGAUCAAAGGAUAUGGAAAAUGUGAAUACAAUAGUUGCUAAGAUCCAACCGACUGUUGAAAAACAAAUUGACGAAGUUGUCCCGAGACAUACUCAAAACGAAAAAACAAAAUCACAUAUUCAAUCAAUCAGAACUUCAUUUGAACUACCAAAACGUUUCAUGCCCCCACCUAAUAAAAUAGCUAUGGGUGACAGAAUGAAAGUAAAAACUUCGAAUGGUAAAAUUUAUGAAGUUGACAGGUUGUGUCCGCACGCUAAAGCCGACCUUAGUGCAAGGGUGAGUCAGAGACGCGCUGUUAUCGAAACAGUUUGA